GAGCUCCAAGAUAUCACAAACAGGCCCCUCGAUGGAAUAACAGUCGAACCAGAAGCAGAUAACUUACUCGUUUGGAAGUGUUCAGUGAAGGGCUCUCCAGAUAGCCCAUAUAAAACUGGGACAUUUCACUUCAAGAUCGAGCUUCCGACCAAUUUUCCAUUCAAGGCGCCGAAUGUCACAUUCUUAACUAAGAUUUACCAUCCCGGCAUCAACGAAGAGGGCCACAUUUGCGUCCCCAUUCUUCGUGAUGAGUGGAAGCCAUCAGUAACACUAUCAACAGUGCUGGCGGUAAUUCAAGAGAAAGUGAAUAAUCCAAGCCCGGACGAUCCGUUCGAGCCUGAAAUCGCUGCAUUGUUGAAGAACGAUAAAGCAAAGUUCUUAGCUACAGCAAAGGAGUACACGAAGAAGUAA